CUCAUUGAUUAUAAAGUUUUCAGAUGUUUCAUAAACUGCUCAUAUUUGCUAAACCGUAUUAUUGUUCUGGUUACAGUUUGAUCAAAGUUCAGAAACCUUCAUUUGCGCUCGACGUCCAACGAAACAACUCUAUCAAUUCAAAAUACUCAUCAACAACUUGCAUAGAAAUGGCCACAAAAACUGCUUUAUUCAUUGUGGCAGAAGGCAGCGAAGAGCUUGAAUUGGUGGCGCCUGUUGACAUUCUUCGCCGUGCUAAUGUGACUGUUACAAUUGCUGAUUUAGCUGAUUCUGAAUAUGUGAAGACUAAAUCAAAUCUACUGAUUAAAACUGAUGCUAAGUUGGGAGAUGUAAAAAAUAACAAAUUUGAUGCUGUUGUUAUACCCGGUGGUCCAUCGCACAAGGUUUUAGCUUCAGCUGAUGUAGUUGGAAAAAUUUUGCUUGAACACGAAAAAUCUGGUAAAGUCAUUGCUGCUAUUUGUGCUGCCCCAUUUGUGUUAUUCAAACAUGGAAUUGCUAAAGGAAAAUCAUUAACAUCUUACCCAACUGUGAAGAGUGACAUUGAGGGUUUUUACCAAUACAAAGAAGAUAGUACAGUUGUUGAUGGAAAUCUGGUGACCAGUCGUGGACCUGCUACAGCUGUUGAAUUUGGAUUAAGUCUAGUAGAAGUAUUGCUUGGUAAUGAAGAAAAAGUUAAAGUUGCUAAAGGCAUUCUCUACCCUCUUUAAAGUAUAAUUGUGUAUCUGAAAUCUGUAUUACAGGAAGAAAAUAAAACUCAUAAGUCUUAACAAAAUUUAGAAAUAACAAUGCCUUAUUUUCCCAUUUACAUUAUUGUACUAUUUUACUGUAUAUAAUAAGUUGUUGUUUAAUGAAAUACAUUUUGAUUCAUACAUGUAUUUUUUUUUCUGAAUAAAUAUCUUGAGCAAUGUCUUCCCAGAAGUUA